UAUUAAAAAAAAAAUAGAAAAAAAAUACCUACUUAAUAGGUUUUUUUUUUUAUAAUAAAUUUUAAUUUUGUAACCAGAGUUGUUGUUUAAUAAAGCCUAACCAUUGAGCAUUUAACUACCAAAAUGACUACCGUUAAUAUAAAUUCAAGAAAAAGUCCAAACAUCUUAAAAAAACAAGGCACCGAUCAGUGGGUCAAACUGAAUGUCGGUGGGACAUAUUUCCUAACAACAAAAACCACAUUAUCCCGUGAUCCAAAUUCGUUCCUGUCUCGAUUAAUACAAGAAGAUUGUGAUUUAAUAUCUGAUAAGGAUGAAACAGGAGCAUACUUGAUUGAUAGAGAUCCAAAAUACUUUGCACCAGUGCUGAAUUACUUACGCCAUGGCAAACUGGUACUUGACGGUGUCUCAGAAGAGGGUGUCCUCGAAGAGGCUGAAUUCUAUAACGUAACCCAACUGAUAGCUUUAUUAAAGGAAUGCAUUAAUCACAGAGAUCAGAGACCGCAUAUGGACAAGAAACGUGUGUAUAGAGUUUUGCAAUGCCGUGAGCACGAACUGACACAGAUGAUAUCAACUCUAUCUGAUGGAUGGCGAUUUGAGCAAUUGAUUAAUGUUGGCAUGCAAUAUCCCAACUAUAGUCCGUUCGAAAACAAUGAGUAUCUAUGUGUUGUUUCAAAGGAUUGUCUAACACCAGCCGGACGUGAAUUGGAAUUAAAUGACAGAGCUAAAGUUCUUCAACAGAAAGGCUCUAGAAUUCUUGGAAUUUGAACAUUUACAAAAUGUUAUUCACAAUAUUUUUUUCGCAACUACACACAAAAAAAAACACAUAUUAAUAUUAUAUAAGAGAGUACUAUUGUCAUUAAAAAUAAUCUGUUUCGUAUAUAUUCUUUUUCUCACA